GGCCACCACUGAACAAAUUUUCACGUUACUCAAAACUCUUUGCGAAACAAAUGAAGACGAUCUAAAAGCCGUUAUGGUAUUAAACAUCAAGCAAUACCAAUCUACUCGCUCCACCCUAAUCUCACCUCCCUCUGACUUCUCCCCCUCCAGUGAUGCACGUGGUUUUGUAUUCUGCUGUGUCGACGGUUUGAAACUCUUGUCCUCCACACUUCCCACAGCUCCUGGUCACAUGUUUUCUGUAACCAAUCAGAAUACGUUUACCCAGGUUCUGCAGAUGCUCUUUGGGUUUGGAGUGGCAGCGCUCUGUGACACUGGUGUUUGUCCUGUUUCUGUUCAGACUGAAGUUGAGAAAUAUGAGAGUUGUCCUGGUCAGAGGAAUGUGGAGCUACAGGAAAUUGUUCUUGUUAUGCAGAGUUUUGUGGAAGAUAAUUUUUAUGGGUCGCUGGUUUUGUCAAAGUAUCUUGGUAUUUUGAUAGCAGCUUGUGUACAGAUUUUAUUUGGUCCAAAUAAUCCGGGGAGAGUUAUCAAGCAGAACAAAAACCUAUUGUUAGUGCAAAAAAGCAAGAUUAUUGACUCUAAAAUUAUCAAAAACUUCCUAGAUGAACUGUUAUACAAGUCUCCCAAAGUUGCCUCAGAGAUCGUCAAUCUUCAGCUCCCGAAAGGCACAGCAAAACCCCCUACUUGGCUACUAGCUGUAACCAAUGAUCUUAUGAGACUACAAGUUUUACGUCCAAAUGGAGUGCUGAAUGUGGCUAGGCAACUGUUUGAGCAUUACGGAAGUAUUGUAACAUACGAGGACCAGGAUUUCUGUGAUAAAGUAUCAACGGUUAUUGUCACUCCACCGAGAGUCAAACCGAAGGAAUAUUCCAUCAACAUCAUUGAGCAAGUUUCUGUAAUGUUAGAGGAGCUAACGAACUCAAAACUCAGGCAACAGUUCCUUCGUUUGUACAAGAAUUUGGUUCAUAAGCUAACUGCAGACAACCCGGAUUUAGCAUUCGAUCUGUAUUGGAGCAAAAUAUUUUCGCCUUGUAUCACUUGGAACCUAAACACGAAAAACCCAUCUAUGAGUAAAACAUUGUUAGGUGAGAAAGAUGCCGAAUCGUGGCUCAAUCGACUCGAGACAAUAGCAAAUUCAGGCUUACUCCAAAACAACUUAUCAGAAAAGAUCUGCAAUGAAUUCCUCUCAGCCCUUUUAUAUCUUUAUCAUCACGUUUAUCAAGGCAUCUCCCCUCAGAAGACUGCAUUAUUGGCAUUGGUAAAGGAGCUUUUAGGCUCCUCGUCAUCUUGGCCAAAUAAAAUCAUAGAUUUUUUGUCCACUAACCUGAAUGAUAAACGAGAGGUUCUCUGGGGCAAUGGACCUUCUGGUGGGUUUAUGUUGAUGUGUCAGUCUGGAAACUCCGCUCCUCGUUCGUCUGCCUUUUCCUUGGAUCCUAACGAUAUCCUUGGAAGUAAUGAUAAGAUUGUUGAGGUGACGAUGAAGAUCCUAAAAUCUCUACCCUCCGGAAGAGAUGAUCAACUUUCUGACUUUUUCCUCCAACUGUUUCGUGAUGUUAUCUCUAGUGGGUCCGAACCAGAACAAGCUGAGAAUUUCCUUGACGGUCCUGCUGAUCUACAUCAAUUUCAGGUAUCUCUGCGAAAAGGGUUGCUUUUAGAUUUACUCUGCCAGACAUUUGGUCAGAAACUGUUGAAAAAUACUGCUCAGACCAUUGCCCUUUUGAAACUGAUAGUUGUACAGAAAUCAGAUAAUCCAAGUUUGGAGAAGGAUGAGGUUCUGUUGAUCAGUUUUGGUAUUUUGAGCACCUACAUGCGGGAUGAAAUAACCUUAUCUGAGUCAGAUGAAUCUGAAAUUAAAUCUCUUAUAGGACCUCUUAACAAGAUAAGUGAAACAUCAGGAAACAGAGAAGUCGCUAAGUUAUCCAACGAUCUAAAAAUCUGCAUCGCCACCAAAAUAAAUCUUGACUCGUUACCCAAUCUUCUCAAGAACCAAGGAGAUGCAACUGCAUCAACGUUAGGAAGUUUGCCAGAUAUUAUAAAAGAUUUGGGUGAUCCUCUAAUACCAUCCCGUGCUCACGCUAUCAUACAACUUGGCAAACAAUUUGCGGCCAAGAAUCCUUUGGUCAUGGAAAAUGUUGAAUUGCUUCAAAAAAUUCUCAUUGAAAACUUGACCCACGACGACAGUUAUGUAUUUUUAGCAGCGGUCAAAUGUCUUGCUCAAAUAAGUUGGUGUAACACCCAAAAUAUUCUGGACAGAAUAACUUACGAAAUUCAGAACACGUCUAGAAAGGAGGACGAUAGGGCAAAGUGUAUGGAGGUUCUGGUUAACAUCAUCAAAAUAACAAAUGAGAUGCUCCCCAAAUAUGAAUCUCAGAUUUUCAACUGUCUACUGAAAUGCGUGAACCACCAGCACAGCGAGAUAAUGAGGGUCUCCAGUUUAAGUUGUUUAGGUGAACUUUGUAAAAUAUGUAAACUUGGGAUUCUUUGUCACAUCCAAGAGAUUAUUGAUGUCUGUGAAAGAACUUUGGUGGAGGAUCAGAGCCCGCUUGCUAAAAAGGGAGCCAUCCUCAUAAUCGCGAAUUUCAUAGAAUCUCAAGAUAAGUCAUUGUUUCACGAGUUAGAGAGAGAAACCCUGAGAAUAUACAGACUAUUGAAGAAAGUUACUGCGUCAAGAUAUGAUGAAGAGGUUGAGCAUCGUGCUCUUCAAGCUCUUGGAGUUUUGUCAGGCAUUGUCCGGGAAUUUAUGUUUCCAAAGACGAAGAUUCAGCAUGAUAUCAAAAUUUUAUAAUUUCUUGAAUUCUCUUAAUGUUUCAUGUCAUAUUUAGAUUUCAUUCCCAAUAGCGAUCCAUAUUUGGGUCUCUAUCUUAAGGGUACUGUGUUUUAACAGCAUACUUGCAGACUAUUUAUAACUAACUAUAAAACAUUGUGUACCGACUACAGCAGACUGUUUUUAACUAUUUAUGAAUUUUGUAUUGACAAAUUUUUAAACAUCA